CCGCCGCCCGUGCGCAUAGUAUACACCAACAAAAUGGCCGCGCCCAUGGACCUCAACUUGCCGCUGUGUGAAAGAACGGCACUCCUUCAAAAGCUGAAAAUGGCACAACAAUUGGGAUAUGAAGUAGUGGCAAUAAACAACCAGGUCAAUGAAUUGUUAGUGCCAAAGAAGAAAAAGAAGUCAGAUGAAAAGGUUAAGCCUCCAAAAGACGUGAAACCAAGUGAAGAGGAAAUAAGAACAGUCCUAGGGCCAUCAAAGAAACCAUUCAAAGUUCUCACCAGAAUCUCAACAGUACAUUCGGAUGUGACACAGGCUCAUUUUCUGAAUACUGAAGAAGCGCAGUGUUAUGACAUAAUUGCAGUUCAACCUUUAUGCGAGAAAACAUUUGCUCAAGCCUGCAAAGACCUGAAUGUGGAUAUAAUUACAAUAGAUGUAACAGAGAAAUUUGUUAUGAAGAUCAAGCGACCUACACUUUCUCUUGCUAUAGAGAGAGGAAUACAGUUUGAACUGCAGUACAGUCCAGCUAUCAGGGAUGCUACAUACAGACAAUAUUUCAUCUCUAAUGCACAAAAACUCAUUUUCUGGUGUAAAGGCAAGAAUGUAAUACUUACAAGUGGCUGUGAAAAGGCUAUUGAAAUGAGGGGACCAUACGAUGUCGCAAAUUUAGGUUUAUUGUUGAAUCUGAAUGAGAACCAAGCCAAGGAUGCUGUCAUGAAGAACUGUAGAACUGUUGUCUGUCACUCAGAGGGAAGAAAGGUCUACAGUAAAGGUACAGUUAAGGUGGAGAAAGCCUCCGAUCUACCAAGAGAAGAUUCGUGGAUUGUCGACAAAUGUGACGUUACGGUGAAACAUAAUGUAGAUGACAUUGUAAAUGGUAAAAGUGAAAAUACUAAUAACCUACAUACUACUGAUUCAUCAUCAUCAGAUGAUGAUGAUGAUGCAUCUAGUGAUGUUAAUGAACCAGCGGUAAAGAAAAUUAAACUGGUAGGAACUUGACAAAAAAACAUUGAAAAUGGCAAUGGACACACCAAAAGUGAAAAAAGCGUGAAGGCAGAGAGACACCUUAAAUAUGUAUACAUAUACAUAACAAAUAAACAGCUGCUGGGUAGUUCCAAAAUCCAAUUACCACCGACAGACUUUUGGAAUCAGUGCAAAUUGCAGCAAUUUAUAAAUGAAGGCAAAAUCAGCUAGAAUACAGUCAGUUAUGUUGGUUAUAAUGGACAGUCUUUACCUAGUCUUAUUUGUAGCAAUUUGUAAAUGAAGUGGAAAACUUAUGAGGUCUGUCAAAAUACAGACAUUGUUUACCUUGUGUAAACUUGUCUUAUUUGUUGCAAUUUCUAGCGCCAUGAGAAAACCAACAUAGUGGCUUUGCAACCGGCAUGGAUUCAGACCAGCCUGCGCAUCCGCUCAGUCUGGUCAGGAUCCAUGCUGUUCGCUUCCAAAGCCUAUUGCGAUUAGAGAAACUGUUAGCGAACAGCAUGGAUCCUGACCAGACUGCGCAGGCUGGUCUGGAUCCAUGCUGGUCGCAAAGCCACCAUGUUGGUUUUCUCUUGGCACAGCUCAAAUAUUCAUAUUUAUGAUUCCUGUUGGAUAUUUAUUUAAUGACUAAAGAAAUUUAACCAAUUUACUAUCAUAAUUAUUAUAAUACACUUGUACAAGUACUAUACAUGUAAAUCCACUUAAUUAAAGCACAAAGGUAUGACUUUACACUUAAGUUGAGAGAAUACACUCAGGAAACACCUAGAAGGUGCAAGUCGCACCUCAUUUACAGAAGUUGAUCUAUAGCCAUUCUUCUUGUUGAAAAUGAAAUGUAACUAAAAUGUUAUUAUAAUCAUGUACUACCAAUGAAAUUUGUUAAAACAGAUUUUAAAAAAUUA